GCGACUCUUGACAUCUCAUCACUGGUUGCUUUUUGAUUCAUUAUAACCUGAGUCUUCAAUGAUAUUGUCAAUUACACUCAUGAUGGAAGGAAGGCAUCUGAUCCUCGCUCUUUUGUUGGUAAUUUUUGCAUCCAUUUCGUCAGAGGCGAAAAAAGUUGAGCGUCACCCUAGACCAGUGAAAAAGAGAAAUGAAAUCUUCCACCCUGCACAACGCCCCUACUUCGCGCCUAACUUUGGAGCACAAUCCAUUCUGCGUCCAUUCUUACCACAGCCACCCCAACGGUCACAGCAAACGUGGACGCUGACGCCAGGAUAUGGCCCUCAGGCGUUCUAUCCCCCUCUGCCCAGACCCCAACCGAUGUCUCCCCAGCCACGAUGGUAUACUCCAGUUCCUAGUACUCCCUUUCCAUUCCGACCAGCUAACCCCGCUAUUCCGACCUCCCCCGUGAACUAUCAGCACAAGCAGAAUGAUGUUGAGACACAUGCGAAACCUUUGCCAACUGUCCCCAUGAAUUACUUGGCACAACCUCAACCGAGGCCGUUGGUGCCAUAUUCACCACCUCCGCUUCCUGUGGUAUACAUGCCAAAUCACCUGGGACUAGUGCCACAACUGGUUCAACCUGCUUCCCAGCCCAGUCCCCCGAAAAAUACCAUGAACCGCUUCCUCAGGACGCAGAGCAUACCUGGGUUCCAGCAAAACGUAUAUCCUCAGCCUCAGACCUUAAUACCUCAGGCUUUGGCCCCAGUUUCUUCGCAGACUAGAAUGUACACAGGAAUACCAGCAUUCCAAGUAGGGGGAUCCUUCUUUCCUUAUGAUGACCCUUUCAAGCAUGAUGAAUCACCGGAUGCAAAAUCCUGUCUUGACUACUUACGGCGUGGCCAGACCAUCAAUGGCGCCUAUGACAUUCUCGACGACGGAGGCAAACUGUACCCGGUCUGGUGUGACUUCACGGGAACAGAACCCUUCAGUGCCACGCCCACUUUUGCAUGGACCCUUGUGAUGUCCCACUCGCUUUUGAACAGGAACAACUCCGCCUUCUGCAAGACCUCCCUCAACGUCAACGAGCCCGUUCAAGAAGACACACCCAACUGGGACGCAUACCGUUUGUCCCUAGAUCGGAUGGACGCGAUCGCGAGUCACUCUACGCACUGGCGCGCAACCGCGGGAUUCCCGCGAUACGGUGGCAUGCGGGAUUAUCGCGACUACAUGCGCGGUAACUUUGAGCAGUUUGACGUUAUGGAGUACGACGGCGCGGGGGAGUGUAAGCCCGUGGAGUAUAUCAACAUCCGCGGGUACCCUGUGGUGCAGACAGAGGCUGCGUUUUGGCAGAGAGACCGGAAGUGGGGGCUUCAUGUUGACACUGGUCACUUCCGGUGCCCCUAUCAGCCGCCAUGGAGUAUCAUUAGCGAAAAUAAUUUUGGGUUUUACUGUGAGGGGGAGGGAGCGAUGAACAGGAAUUUCCGCGGAACUGAGGAUCUUGGCGCUACCACGCAGUGGUGGUUCGGUGGGCAUUUAUAGACACGUUUAGAUCUCAUUGAUAGUGGCUUUCAUCAAAAAAGCAUUUAAAAAACAACUAUGCCAUAUACUAGGCUUGUUUUACUCUGUUCGUGGCCUGUCGUAAUCUGUCCGUGUCUUGUUGUUCCGUUCGUGUCCCGUUGUUCUGUUUGUGACUCUUCGUCAUCUUUGUGGCUUCGCCUUCACAUGUUCGUGUCUCGUCGUCAUCUGUCCGUGUCUCGUCGUUACCUGUUCGUGACUCGUCGUCACCUGUUCGUGUCUCGUCGCCAUAUGUUCGUGUCUCGUCGUCACCCGUUCUUUUUUCGUCGUUCUGUUCGUGUCCUGUUGUCAUCUGUUCGUGUCUCGUCGUCAUCUGUAAGUGUCUCGUCGUCAUCUGUUCGUGUCUCUUCUUCACCAGAUCGUUUCUCGUUGUAAUUUGUUCGUGUCUUUACGUCAUCUGUUCGUGUCUCGUCGUCAUCUCUUUGUGUCUCGUCGUUACCUUUGUAAGUAAUGCAUUAAAUCAAGACAAAUCAAUAGCAAUAAUGUCAUUAAUUUCCGUUUAUUGAGCAACUAACAACCUCUACAACAAAAUUACUGUAAAUAACUAAAUCUAACUAAUAAUAGAUUAUAUACUAAAUCCCCCUAAAAUGAUAAAAAGUAAAUGCAUACUUAGAGUAUAUUAGAAUAAAUCUAAAUACGAUGUUGUUAGCUAAUUCGAAUAUCAAAAUGUAGUUUAUAAAAAGAUAUUUGUUCCUAUGCCCUCCAAAAAGUAUUGGUCAGUUCAAUGUUUGUGUUUUUGUUGUUUUUGUCAAUUAGUCUAAUACUAAUAAAGUCGUCGUCGUCGUC